GGCCUUGUAUGUCUGCACUCUGUAACUCAAGUCCAAAGUCUUAGAAGAAGGCCAUGGAAACAGUAGCAUUGUUGCAUCAAUGGUGCCAAGAGUUUGCCAAAACUGUUCCAUUCAAUCCUCUGCUCAUUGCCUCUCUUCUCCUUUUAUCAUUUAUUUAUCUGUUUAGGUUCAAUAGAACUCGCAAACUCAAAUUACCUCCAUCACCCCCAAAGCUACCAAUCAUUGGAAACCUUCACCAACUAGGCGCUCUCCCCUAUCGAUCCCUCAAAACCCUCUCCGACAAAUAUGGCCCUCUUAUGCUUGUGCAUUUGGGCAAAGUUCCAACUCUUGUAGUUUCAACUGCAGAGAUGGCUCAUGAAAUCACCAAAAAUCAUGAUGUUGCUUUUGCAGAUAGACCGAAGACCAGCGCCGGAGAUGCUUUGUUCUUUGGGUGCCAAAACCUCGCAUUUUGUCCCUAUGGUGAAUAUUGGAGACAGGUGAAGAAGGUGUGCGUUCUUGAACUCUUGAGCCAGAAAAGGGUGCAAUACUUUGAGUUUGUGAGAAAAGAAGAAACUGCUAAGCUGGUUGAGAAGUUGCGCUAUGCAUGCGCUGUAGGAUCUCCAGUUGAUCUGAGUGAGAUGCUUGUUACUAUCUCCAACAACAUCGUAUCAAGAUCAGCUCUUGGUACAGUAUAUGAUAAUGAAAGUGGUCAUCAGAGCAGUUCAGGGGAUUUGGUUAGGGGAGCAAUAGACCUUGUGGGAAGUUUCAGCUUUAAAGAUUCUUUUCCCUAUUUGGGAUGGCUCGAUGUUCUAACAGGCUUCACCGGGAAGGUGAAAAAGGCUUCCAAAGAAUUGCAUGGUUUCCUUGAUCAAGUGAUUGAAGAACAUCAAGUAUCAAAAAGCCAGGACAAGGCUGAAGAUAGGAAAGACAUUGUGGAUAUUCUUCUCCAACUUGAAAAGAAUGGCAUGCUUACCGUUGAUUUCACUCGUGAAAGCAUGAAAGCUGUCCUAAUGGACAUGUUUAUUGGGGGAACUGAUACUACUGCAACAACCAUGGAUUGGACGAUGGCAGAGCUGAUGAAAAACCCACGCAUAAUGAAGAAAGCCCAAGAAGAGGUAAGAAGAGUGGUAGGAAACAAAUCGAAAGUAGAAGAAUCCGAUCUUGAUCAGAUGACCUACCUAAAAUGCAUAGUGAAAGAGACACUGAGGCAUCAUGUUUCGGGAAUGAUUCCAAGACAAACAACUGCGACCACAAAGCUGGAAGGGUAUGAUAUUCCACCCAAUACGAGAGUGUUGAUCAACGCAUGGGGAAUUCAAAGGGAUCCAGGAUUAUGGGAAAAGCCUGAUGAUUUUAUCCCUGAGAGGUUUAUUGACAAUCCAGCAGAUUUCAAGGGACAACACAAAGAGUACAUUCCGUUUGGUUCCGGGAGAAGGCUUUGCCCUGGAAUAUCCUAUGCGCUUAAAGAAGUUGAAUAUGUGUUGGCUAAUCUCCUCUUCUUGUUCGAUUGGAAGUUGCCUGAUGGACAAAAACACGAGGACCUGGACAUGAGCGAGGUCUUCUAUCUGGUCAUUCGUAAGAAAGUUCCUCUCAUGGUUGUGCCGUCCGUGCAUUAAUCAACGAUUAUUAAUCCACAUUGAACGGAGUUGUAAGGGAUGGUGUUUAAUUAAUUAUAAGCUGUGUUGACUUUUCCCUUUUUUUUAAUUAAUGUUUGUGGCCCUAAGCAUGACAAUGGAUUAGAGUCCAUCUUUGUAAUCCAUAGUGGAUUAAUUUCAUGCAAGACUUUCUGGAUAGUUUGGACUGCAGGGUUGGUCUCCUUUUGUAUCCAAAUAAUAGUUAAAGAGUUAAAUAAAUAAGCAUGAUGUGUACCUUAUAGUUUUAA